AAGAACGCCCUGAAAAAUCUGUUUCCUAUUUUAUGGAAAACCUUUGAAAUUUGGCGUGGAUUAUAAAAGUACAUUUUUUUAAAAAACUGUCUGGCCUCCAUUUGAGAAAGCUGACACUGCUUUUGCAAGCUGCUGCUGGAGAUCAAGGGACUGACAUCCAGAAGAGCGAAGGAGAACUAGAAAUCUUUUUAGAAAACAACUGGAAGAAUGAAGAUCCAGAUGAAAAUCCUCAUUGCAGUGAUCUCAUGCCUUUUCCUGUCUUUGUUAAUUAUGUGUGUUGUAUUAAUUCCUCCAAGAGCUCAACACAAAGGACAUAAUCCUAGGCCUUUAACAUUAAAAGAGUAUCUGGAUGGAGAUUUUAAUUACAAAACAUUUUCUCCUUACUGGGUUUCAGGAAAUGAGUAUCUUCAUCAGUCUGCAGAAGAUGAUGUAAUUCUUCACAAUGUUGAAUCUGGGCAGUGGCUCACGCUACUGACUAACAGCACACUUAAAAAAGUGAAUGCCACAAACUAUGCGAUGUCGGCUGACCAGAAUUUUAUACUGUUGGAAAGCAAUUACUCUAAGCUUUGGAGGUACUCUUAUACAGCAUCCUAUCACAUUUAUGAUCUUAUACAUGGUGUUUUUGCCAAAGAAUAUGAGCUUCCGCAUAACAUUCAGUAUAUAGUCUGGUCACCUGUUGGACACAAAUUGGUUUAUGUGUAUCAGAAUAAUAUUUAUCUGAAACAAGACCCCAGAGAACCUGCUGUUCAAAUAACCACUGAUGGUUAUUGGAAUGAAAUAUUUAAUGGAAUUCCUGACUGGGUUUAUGAAGAGGAAAUGCUUGCCGUAAAAUAUGCACUGUGGUGGUCUCCAAAUGCAAAGAAUGUGGCAUACAUACAGUUCAAUGAUACUGGAAUACCAGUUAUUGAAUAUUCAUAUUAUGGCGAGAAUCAAUAUCCUAGGAAAAUAACAAUACCAUAUCCAAAGGCUGGGGCUAAAAAUCCUACUGUCAGAGUGUUUGUUGUAGACGCUACUAAACCUGAAGCUUUAGGUCCUAAGGAAGUACCCGCUCCAGCAGUGAUAGCUUCAAGUGAACACUAUGUGACUUGGAUUACUUGGGUAACAGACAACCGAAUCUGUGUGCAGUGGCUGAAAAGGAUCCAGAACUUUUCCCUGUCAGCCAUCUGUGACUACAGUGACCACUCCAGAUCCUGGAACUGCCCAGAGAAUCGGCAGCAUAUAGAAGAAAGUCACACAGGAUGGGCUGGUGGAUUCUUUGUUUCAGCACCUUAUUUCACUUCGGACGGCAUUUCUUACUACAAGAUAUUUAGUGACAAGAAUGGUUACAAACAUAUUCAUUUCGUCAAAGACUCAGUGGAAAAAGCAAUCCCAAUCACUAGAGGAAAGUGGGAGGCCAUAUACAUUUACAGAGUAACCGAUGAUGCAAUAUUCUAUUCAAGCAAUGAAUUUGAAGGCUAUCCAGGAAGACGGAACAUUUACAAAAUUAACAGAAGAAAUCCUGUGACAAAGCAGUGCAUUACUUGUCGUUUAAGAAAAGAAAGAUGCCAGUACUAUGCAGCAAGAUUCAGUGACAAUGCCAACUAUUAUGCCUUGCUCUGUUAUGGUCCAGGCAUCCCCAUUUCCACUAUUUAUGACAGCAGAUAUAACAGAGAACUUAAACUUUUGGAAGACAAUAGGGAAUUGGAAUCUGUGCUUCAAAAAAUCAGAAUGCCUACAGAGGAAAUUAACAAACUUGAAGUGGAUGGUAUUACCUUGUGGUACAAGAUGGUGUUACCUCCAGGGUUUGAUAAAUCCAAGAAGUAUCCUCUUCUCAUACAGGUGUAUGGAGGACCUUGCAGUCAAAAUGUGAAACACACUUUUGGUGUUAGCUGGAUGACCUAUCUUGCAAGCAAAGAAGAUAUUGUGGUGGCUCUUGUGGAUGGUAGAGGAACAGCUUUCCAGGGCGAUAAAAUGUUGUAUGCAGUGUAUCGGAAACUUGGUGUUUAUGAAGUUGAUGAUCAAAUCUCAGCUGUAAGAAAGUUUGUAGACAUGGGAUUUAUUGAUGAAAAAAGAAUAGCCAUAUGGGGCUGGUCCUAUGGUGGCUACGUUGCCUCGCUGGCACUUGGGUCUGGUACUGGAGUGUUUCAGUGUGGAAUCGCAGUGGCUCCUGUCUCCAGCUGGGAGUAUUACGCAUCUAUCUACACAGAGCGAUUUAUGGGUCUUCCAACAAAAGCAGACAAUCUUGAGCACUACAGAAAUUCAACAGUGAUGGCAAAGGCACAGAAUUUUCAUGAUGUGGAGUACCUUCUCAUCCAUGGAACAGCAGAUGAUAAUGUGCAUUUUCAGAACUCAGCACAGAUUUCCAAAGCCUUAGUUAAUGCGCAAGUGGAUUUCCAGGCAAUGUGGUAUGCUGACCAGGACCAUGCAAUUCCAGGCCUUUCUCUUAAGCAUCUCUACAUUCAUAUGACCCAUUUCCUGAAGCAGUGUUUUUCCCUGGCUUAAGGCGAAUUUUCCCACCCCAUGUGCCUACACAUCAAUGAGAACAACGUGUUGUUUGCUAUAAAGCAACAUUAGCUGCACAGAUUAAGUAUAGUCUGAAAACAGAAUAAGUAAGUGAGAAUUGAAGGCUUGAUGUUUACAAUCCUUUGUUGACACAUGUGCAUUAGCAGAUAAUAUGACACUUUGUGUCCGGGUACAAUUAUUUGUUAGGAAACAAAUGAACAAUAAAA